GGACUCCGCGAGCGCCGGCGGAGCGGGGCGCGCCUGCGGUCUUUCAAGGACCGAGACCCCUGCAACCGGCCUGGCGGGCCCCUUCCGUUAGUGUUUUUAGUGUCGUUUCAGCAGCGCUCCGCGGUGCGGAGAGUGCGUUGUCGCACGACGUGGUGACAGACCAGGCGACUCUGUCCAGCGUGCUGCUGUGGUGCGCUGGGCACCUUCCGUCCGCGUGAGAGCGGCAGCUGGCCCGCCCCUCAGCUCGGGGACCCCUGGAGCAGAGUCCUCUGUCUCCGACCGCCUGCCCUCUCCCUUGCUUCCCAGGACGUCGGAAAGCUGGCGACCGAGCCGUCCCCCGAGUGCUUGGGCGCCUCGUCCGCUCUUCUGGGGCCGGCGAUGGGGCCGGGAACAGGGCGAACGCCGGCCCGCGCGUUUCCCACGCCUCGGGAGGGGCGCUUUUGCACAGUCCCCCCCGCUUCGCGCGCGGUUCGUCCCGGGCGCCGGCGUCGGCAGAGCGGUGCUCUGGGUGACACGGACGCUGCGGAGAAGCAUCAGUUCGUCUUGUGCUUGGAAUCGUGGUUAACGUUCUGUGAGAGAACUCGGCUGUUUCAGAUCUUUGGGGUUUGUUUCCUGUUUUAGCUACCCCCACCUCCCAUUUGCGUGCUAAGCGCCUUCCAGGAGGCAAGAGCUACAUUAGAAUAGUGGUUUCCCAGCCUUUGGAGGCCGAGGGCCAGAAACAGGGUACGGGAUUCUCCAAGGAGCCGUGCGCCACCCACCUCCACCCACACCCCAGUUAGGGGACUUAGGGGUGCUGUUGCCGGAUUCUCCAACGGAGAGAUGGGACACGGGGGCUAUAAGCAGGAAGCAGCGUUUAUUGAUGCGGGCACCGGAGUAUUUCCCAGGAAGUGUCUUCUUGGACACAUGUCUGUUCAUGGCUAACUCUUCGUGUAGUUUCUCUGCUUUAUGUAUUAGAAAAUUAACUUGAAAUGAGUGGGUGUAGCACAAUAGUUACUCCCACUACUGUGGAAAUUGCAGUGUUGGUUUAAUAUUACUAGUGAGUCCAGUCAUUUUCUAGGUUUAUUUCAAAUGACAUCAGACUCUUUUUGGUCUCAAACUGAAGAUUUGUUAGUCUUUACUCGUCUCAGAAAUGUUGGCGGAUGAAGCUGCAUUGAAAAAGUAUGUGUGUCAGUAUGCCAGGCACACUCUAAGGAAGUAUGAAAUAAUCACAUUGUUAAUAAAACAAGAACCACUGCUUUUUUAAAAAAAAUUAGGAUUCGUCUUGGUGUGUACUGCAUUUUUAAAAUAAUUUAUGACCGUUGCUUUAAAUCAUAAGUUUAGAUUGUUUCACAUACUUCUGAGGAGACUUUAACUCCAUUUUGUCUCUUCCAAAAAUUGACAGAAUAAACGGAGGAAUACACGAUAUGUUUAAUCAGACUUUGGGUUUAUAUAUAGUAAUUCUAUUCUGACUUCAGGUUAUAGUGUUAUUUAGCAGUUCGCUUAGCACCUGAAGCAUAGUUAAUAUACCUGCUAUCAUUAAUGCUCUCUUGCUGAGGCUUCCUCACCAGGACUUUUGGUUUCAAGGAGUUUCUAGAAGUAGCUUCUACAUCUCUUGAUUCCCAGAGGUGUGUAUAGUAGCUAACAUUUUUGUUUCCUUCAUUGCACUUAACUUGUGCAUUGCACACUCAAGAGCUACUUAAUGCAUUUUUGUUGUAUGAAUGAACACUUUUGUGUUCAUUUGGUCACAUUCUUGUAUGCUUAAAAUUCCAACCUAUGCAGUGGGCGCUUGCUUUUUUUUCUGUACAGUUCUUUCUGCCCUUCAGGGCCCAACAUUUACCUUCAUUUUCUUCUUUGUAAUUUUCUUCCAGCCAGGAGAUACUCUGUCCUCUGGGAAUUUACAACUUGGGGUUCUUAACACAGCUAAUCAGGCUAAAUUGUAACCUGUGUACGGGCAGGACAUGGCUCUUAUCUUAAUUUCUUAUCCUGUUUAGUACUAGCCAUAUAAUUGGCACUUCACAUAUAAUUGGAGAUUAAGGGGUGAUUUGUUAUUUUGUUAAAUUCAACAAAGAAAAGGUGAAAUAUACAUAUGUGUACAUAUCUCUGAGUACAAACCCCGCAGUGCCCCGUGGCCGCAUUUGUCCAGAGUGAUUACUGGGGUUCAGCUCCCAGCUUUUCAGUUUACCUGCUAUAAUGCUUCGGGCAAAUUAUUUCCCAUACCUGUGACUUGGUUUUCUCAUCUGUAAAAUUAGGAUUACGACAAGAAUAUAGCAACAGUAUAUCUCAUAGGGUUGAUGGGCGGAUUUAGUAAGAGUAGACUUGUGAAGCUUCUAGAAAAGUAUCUGACUUAUUUUCAUUUCACAGCAUACCUUAAUUUCUAAGUGUGUUUAUGUCAAGUAUUUAUUUUAAAUGUUUCUGCACUUAAAAAAAUGCUUUGAUUAUACCUCGUUGCUUCUUAAAACUGGCGACCUGUAAGCUGGGUUCCUGGAGUCAGGCAGAAGUGAGGUUGCAUCUUGGUGCUGCUCACACUAGUUGUGUGACAGUAAACGUGUUAACUGUGUGCUUUGGUCCCUGCUCUGAGGAAAGGGACGAGUAAUAGUAUUUACAUCAUAGGGGGAUGAUGUAAUGAGUCAGUACAUGUGAAGCUCCUAGAAAGGUGCCUGGCACAUAGUAAAUAUAAAUACUCAGUAAGUCUUAGCUCUUACUCCUCCUCCUCCUCUUAGCCCUUGACAGUUUCACAUCUGCCUCUGACCCAUGCCCUGUGGCCGGCAUCUCCAGUUUUUUCAGGCCCACUCAAAGCUAGCGAACAUUCCCUUAAUGUCUCUGUCCAGCGUGCUGCUGUGGUGCGCUGGACACCUGAGGUCCACUUGCUUAUCCCCUCAGACAUUCCUUUGCAUGCCGGAGAUGCACCAGGGACAAGACUGUGCACCUGGAAUCUGCCCUCAUCGAGCUUUAAUGAAGAUGUUUUCAAGAUGCUAAGGUCAUGAAGAGGGAGCAGUGCCUGCAGCGCCUUAGAAAAGGCAGAGCAGGCUUCAUGGAGGUGGUUCUGCUUGAGCUGAGUAGAGAUUCACUUAGAUUAAUGAGGCAGAGCCACGGUCCGGGCACUUGUGGCUCCUGGGCCCUGCUCUUCUUUUGGGCUUUAAGUGAACGGUGAGGCUUGAGCGGUGCAUCCGCGGGAUGAUGUUAGGCAGGGCUGCACUUUGUUCUCACUUCAUCCUUGGACUCUGGGAGACCUUCAAAGGCUGUGACAGUGGAGAAGUGAGCUUGUGUUUGUAUUUUAGGACAAUGACCCUGGGAGGCUGUGUGGCGGAGGGUCCGGAAGGGAAGACGGGAGGUAGGAGGGCCAUUAGACGGGAGGUCAAGGAGAGUGACUGCCCUAGGUGAGAGAGGACUGCUAGUAGAGCAGGCAAGAGAAGGGGAGGGGGCAGGAGCAUCUCUGAAGGCAGGACUGGCCACCUUGACUCUCCACAGUGUGCCCGGUGCCUGGACAGUGCCCAGCACACAGGACUCCGGCGGCAAAUGCCUUCCGAAUGAAUGAAUGAGGCCCUUAGGGGACAGGAUAGGUAAUGCCCCAGUUUCCCCCUCUUUUUUGCCUGGUAGAUGGCGGUGUGUUAGCAGGAUUCGUAGUAUGGAAAGAGGACUGGCUUUGACAGGGAGGAAGAGUCUGAUCUGAACGAUGGACAUGAGGUGCUCUGGGACUUCUGGGUAGUGGGACGUAUAUCUAGAGCUCGUGAUCUUGGUUGAUAUCGGGGGGCGGAAGGCACGUGGGGGAGCAAAAGGAAGGAAAGCUCGCAUCUUCGAUUGCGCCCGCCAGGCAGCCUUACCCUCAGACCCGUGUCUGUAACUGAGCCUUCUCUUCCAGCCGUAACCGUCUGUCCAUCUCCCGGGGGGCUUGCCCUCAGUUUCCAGACUCACUGUGUUUAAGACAGAGCUCGACGUUUCCCGGUGAAAUAUGACUUUCCUGUUUCAGAUUUAUCUGUUCUUCCCAAUAGUCCUGCCGUCAAAUUUCAGCUCCUCAGAAUGCUUUAAGUUAAAGGUUUUAAUUUCUCCGAGUGAACAAUUUUUAAAAGGUGCUUUUUUAAAGCGAUCUUUCUAAAAUGCUAAGAGCUUUUCCACCGAGCCUAUCUCGCUAGGGGGCGCUCUUCUGCCGGCUCUCCCCAGCCUGGCUCCCUUUUGCCCUCCAGAUCUAUGCCCAGCUUGAGCCUCCCCGGCGGCCUCUCCCAGCCCACCUUAGCCCCACCAGCACCCUCCGCCUUGGGCUGGCUUGAUUUUGUCUCAUACUGUUUAUCACUAUGCGAUUGGCAAUUUUUUUUUCUUAUCACUUAUCUUAAACCGAUUUGUUCUCUCUCCCUCACUAGAAUGGAGUGGAGGGACUUCGUUUUGUUUUGUUUUUAUCAUUGUAUUUCCUGUAUUUUGAAAGUGUUUGGUGCAUAGUAGGUGCUUGAUAAAUAUUUGUCCAACAGAUAUUUAUAACCGGCCCUGUGUAAUAUGUCAUAUUAGGUCCGGUUUACAAAUUUGGAAACUUAGGCUCUGCAGAGCUACUUACAGGUUACAUAGUUUCUAAGUGACAAAGCCAGUGAUUGUAUUACUUGAGAGUUUUAUACUUCAUCAAGCUGCUUUUCAGAUAAAGACAAAUGACUAUAAGUUUGUAUUAUAAGCGCAUCAUAAGUACCCAAAGCACUCAAACAGAGCACAUUAGUGGGAGUAGUUGUUAUAAUUGGAUAUUUGUGACUAUUUUAAAAAAUGCCUUUUACCCCCCAAAUUUAGGAGGAUUUGGCAAAAAAAGUGGUCGUAGUAAAAAAUGGAGGGAGAUGCUGAAGCUGCCUUCUGUUAACCUGUGCAGCGAGCUUAGACAGACCAUUGAAAAGGAUUAUAACAGUCUUUGUGACAAGCAGCCAAUAGGAAGACUUCUCUUCAGGCAGUUCUGUGAUACAAAACAUGAUCUAAAGAGGUGCAUUGAAUUCCUGGAUGCUGUGGCAGAAUAUGAAGUGGCCGCUGAUGAAGACCGAAGAGAUUGUGGACUGUUAGUCUUAGACACAUUCUUCAGUAAUGAGAGCUCGGUGGCCCCUUUACCAGCGAUGCCCCCACACGUCGUGAUUGAGUGUGCACUGCAACUGAGCGAGGACCCUGCCAAGGAGGUCUUCGCGGGCUGCACCAGUGUUGUCCACAGCUAUCUAAGUGGAAAACCAUUUGAAGAAUACCAAGAAAGCCCAUAUUUUUCUCGAUUUUUACAGUGGAAGUGGCUGGAAAGGCGUCCAGUAACAAAGAAAACAUUUAGACAUUACAGAGUGCUAGGAAAAGGUGGGUUCGGAGAGGUUUGUGCCUGUCAAGUGAGAGCUACAGGGAAAAUGUACGCCUGUAAAAAGCUAGAAAAAAAGAGAAUAAAGAAGAGGAAAGGCGAAGCUAUGGCUCUAAAUGAAAGAAGGAUCCUGGAGAAGGUGCACAGCCGAUUUGUAGUUAGUUUAUGCUACACUUACGAAACCAAAGAUGCCCUGUGCUUGGUGCUAACCAUUAUGAACGGAGGGGACUUGAAGUUCCACAUUUACAACCUGGGCAACCCCGGCUUCGACGAGCAGAGAGCUGUCUUCUAUGCCGCCGAGGUGUGCUGUGGCUUAGAGGACUUGCAGAGGGAAAGAAUUGUGUACAGAGACUUAAAGCCUGAGAAUAUUCUCCUCGAUGAUCAUGGACAUAUCCGGAUUUCAGAUCUUGGUUUAGCCAUGGAGAUCCCCAAAGGGGGGACGAUUCGAGGAAGAGUCGGAACAGUCGGCUACAUGGCUCCUGAAGUUCUCAAUAAUGAAAACUAUACAUUUAGUCCUGACUGGUGGGGACUUGGCUGUCUGAUAUAUGAAAUGAUUCAGGGACAUUCUCCAUUCAGAAAAUUCAAAGAGAAAAUCAGACGGGAGGAGGUGGAACGGCGAGUGAACACUGCCACGGAAGAGUAUUCCGAGAAGUUUUCGGAGGACGCCAAGUCCAUCUGCAGGAUGUUACUCACCAAGAACCCGAAACAGCGCCUGGGCUGCAAGGGUGACGGAGCAGCCGGAGUGAAACAGCACCCCGUGUUCAAGGACAUCAACUUCAGGCGGCUGGAGGCAAACAUGCUAGAGCCCCCGUUCUGCCCCGACCGCAUCCUUGUUCCCGGUGCACAGCCGCAAGCAGUUUAUUGUAAGGACGUCCUGGACAUCGAGCGGUUCUCCACGGUGAAGGGGGUCUGCCUGGACACUGCUGACAACACCUUCUAUGGCCAGUUUGUCACGGGCUGUGUCUCCAUACCCUGGCAGAAUGAGAUGAUCGAAUCUGAAUGUUUCAAGGACAUCAACGAAAGUAAAAGUGAGGAAAGUAUGGCAUUAGAUCUGGAAGACAAAACAGAAUCAGUUCUCAGACCAAAGAGAGGCUUCAUCUACAGACUCCUCAAAAUAGGGGUGCUGUGGAGGUGGAGCCGUUCCGGAGACACCGGUCCCCCAGUGUGUGGUGCAGGGCGGGAGCCUCCUGGCCUGGAGCUGAGCGCCCAGCUGUGGGCGGGAAAAUAGGAAGCAGUGCAACAGGAAGUGCCAGGAGAGAACAAAUCUGAGCCGUUUUCUGUGGCUGCAUUGACCCUGGAGCCGGUGAGAAGGAGCAGCUGCCCACACAACUGUGACACCCCCGGCACAGCCGGACCCCAGUGCCAGCACCCAGAGCACGCAGCUCAGUGCUUCCUCCUGUCUGUGGAUGGCAAUAAACGUGUGACACAUCUUAAAACA